UGUGUGACCGAAGCAGGGUCAGCCGGUCUAGUCUCGCCGCUUCUUCACCCGCCUGGUCUUUUUCGGAUCUCACUGCAAUGGCGGAGCAGCAGCAGUUCUACCUCUUGCUGGGUAACCUGAUGAGUCCUGACAACACCAUCAGGAAACAAGCAGAGGAGACCUAUGACACUAUCCCGGGCGCUAACAAGAUCACAUUCUUGCUGCAGGCUGUCAGAGAUGCAUCUGCUGCAGAGGAGGUCAAACAGAUGGCAGCAGUGCUGCUGCGGCGUCUGUUGUCGUCGUCUUUUGAGGAGGUCUUCCCGGGUCUGACCCUGGAGAUGCAGACGGCCAUCAAGACGGAGCUGCUAAGCUGCAUCCAACUGGAGACCGCGAUAAACAUCCGCAAGAAAAUCUGCGACAUUGCAGCUGAGCUCUCCCGUAACCUCAUUGAUGAUGAUGGGACUAACCAGUGGCCAGAGGUGCUCAAAUUUCUGUUUGACUCUGUCAAUUCAGACAACGUUGGUCUGCGAGAGGCUGCGCUCCAUAUAUUCUGGAAUUUUCCAGGAAUCUUUGGCAACCAGCAACAGCAUUAUAUGGAGGUUAUUAAACGCAUGCUUGUUCAGUGUAUGCAGGACCAGGCAAACCCACAUAUUCGUACCCUGGCGGCUCGCGCGACGGCGUCCUUCAUCUUGUCCAACGAAAGCAACUCUGCUCUACUGAAGCAAUUCUCUGACCUGCUGCCAGGAAUCCUGCAGUCGGUGAACGAGUCCUGCUACCAAGGAGACGACUCUGUGCUCAAGUCUUUGGUGGAAAUCGCAGACACAGCGCCCAAAUACCUGAGGCCCAACCUGGAGGCCACUCUGCAGCUCUGCCUGAAGCUGUGUGCUGACAACAACCUGAGCAACAUGCAGAGGCAGCUGGCAUUGGAAGUUAUCGUCACCUUAUCAGAGACGGCAGCGGCCAUGCUGAGGAAACACACCGCCAUCGUGGCUCAGUGUGUGCCCCAGAUGCUGGCUAUGAUGGUGGACCUGGAAGAAGACGAUGAGUGGGCCAUGGCUGAUGAGCUGGAGGACGAUGACUUUGACAGUAACGCUGUAGCUGGGGAGAGUGCUCUGGACAGAAUUGCCUGUGGUCUGGGGGGAAAGAUCAUUUUGCCCAUGAUCAAACAGCACAUCAUGCAGAUGCUACAGAACCCUGACUGGAAGUACCGUCACGCCGGGUUGAUGGCAUUGUCUGCCAUCGGUGAAGGCUGCCACCAGCAGAUGGAAGCCAUCCUGCAAGAGAUCGUCAGCUUUGUCCUCCUUUUCUGCUCUGACCCUCAUCCAAGGGUCCGUUAUGCGGCCUGCAAUGCUAUUGGACAGAUGGCUACAGACUUUGCCCCGACCUUUCAAAAGAAAUUCCACGAUAAGGUGAUCUCAGCUCUGCUUCAUACCAUGGAAGACCAGAGUAACCCCCGAGUGCAGGCUCAUGCUGCCGCCGCCCUUAUCAACUUCACAGAGGACUGUCCCAAAUCCCUGCUCGUCCCAUAUCUGGACAGUUUGGUUCAGCACCUUCAUGUCAUUAUGGUUGCCAAGCUGCAAGAGUUGAUCCAGAGAGGCACCAAACUGGUUCUGGAGCAGGUGGUGACGUCCAUUGCCUCGGUGGCUGACACGGCCGAGGAGAAAUUUGUGCCAUACUAUGACCUGUUCAUGCCGUCGCUCCGACACAUAGUGGAAAACGCGGUGCAGAAGGAGCUGCGGCUGCUCCGCGGCAAGACCAUCGAGUGCAUCAGCCUGAUCGGCCUGGCUGUCGGCAAAGAGAAGUUCAUGCCAGAUGCCUCUGCCGUCAUGCAGCUGCUCCUCAAGACUCAGACAGACUUUAAUGACCUGGAGGAUGAUGACCCUCAGAUCUCGUACAUGAUCUCAGCCUGGGCCAGGAUGUGUAAGAUCCUGGGGAAGGAGUUUCAGCAGUAUCUGCCCGUGGUUAUGGGCCCUCUGAUGAAGACGGCCUCCAUCAAGCCGGAAGUGGCUCUCCUCGACACCCAGGACAUGGAGAACAUAUCAGAAGAUGAGGGCUGGGAGUUUGUCAACCUGGGAGAUCAGCAGAGUUUUGGCAUCAAGACGGCUGGUCUGGAGGAGAAAGCCACUGCCUGUCAGAUGCUGGUGUGUUAUGCCAAAGAGUUGAAGGAGGGUUUUGUGGAGUACACGGUGCAGGUGGUGAAUCUGAUGGUGCCUCUCCUCAAGUUCUACUUCCACGAUGGUGUGCGGGUGGCGGCAGCCGAGUCCAUGCCCCUGCUGCUGGAGUGCGCCCGUGUCCGAGGGCCAGAGUAUCUCACACAGAUGUGGCACUUCAUGUGCGACGCUCUCAUCAAGGCCAUCGGCACCGAGCCGGACUCUGACGUCCUGUCAGAAAUCAUGCACUCGUUCGCCAAGUGUAUUGAGUUGAUGGGUGACGGGUGUCUGAACAAAGAGCAUUUUGAUGAGCUGAGUGGCAUCUUGAAAGGAAAACUGGAGGAGCAUUUUAAGAACCAGCGUCUCAGACAAGCUAAGAGAGAAGAUGAAGACUAUGAUGAGGAGGUGGAGGAAACGUUACAAGACGAGGACGAGAACGACGUGUACAUUCUGACCAAAGUGUCGGACAUCCUGCACUCUGUGUUCAGCAGCUACAAAGAGAAGGUGCUGCCCUGGUUUGAACAGCUGCUGCAGCUCAUCGUCCAGCUAAUAUGUCCCAGCAGGCCAUGGGCGGACAGACAGUGGGGUCUGUGCAUCUUUGACGAUGUGUUGGAGCAUUGCAGCCCCUCCUCUUUCAAAUACGCCGAUCACUUCCUGCCACCGAUGCUGCAGUCACUGUGCGACCACAGUCCCGAGGUUCGGCAGGCGGCAGCAUACGGCGUCGGUGUGGCGGCUCAGUACGGAGGAGAGAACUACAGCCAGUUCUGUACAAAGGCCCUCCCCCUGCUGGUCAAUGUCAUCCAGACUGCAGACUCCCGUGCCAAGGAAAACGUCAACGCCACAGAGAACUGCAUCUCUGCUGUAGGAAAGGUGAUGAGGUUUCGACCCGAGUGUGUCAACGUCAACGAGAUCCUCCCCCACUGGCUCAGCUGGCUGCCGCUCCUUGAGGACAAAGAGGAGGCUGUCCACACGUUUGAUUUCCUGUGUGACCUCAUCGAAAGCAACAACCCCAUCGUCCUCGGACCAGACAAUGCCAACCUCCCCAAAAUUUUCCUCAUCAUUGCGGACGGAGUCGCAAACGAAUCGGUCAAGAGCGAAGACGCGUGCAGCAAACGACUUGCAAAUGUUAUCCGCCAAGUACAGGUGUCGGCAGGUCUAUGGACACAGUGUGUAUCGACACUGAACGAGACGCAGCAGAAAGCCAUACAGGACCUACUGAACACUGCCUGAGCUCAACACCUGCUCCACCUCCCCGAUCUUUAAAAAAGCCCAGAAAAAAGCCCAUGAAGAAAAGUGGAGCUCCUGGAUCUCUUCCAUAUAACUCCCUCUUCUUCUUCCUCCCAGCUCUGAUCUGUUGUGUGAAUGGAUGCCGGCUUCACCCCCUCCUCCUCAUCACCACCACCCCAAAACCCGCAAAGGACUUUGGGAGCAAGUUGGAUGUUCAUUAACGACAACGGAGGACAUUAGAUGUUUUGACUUUAAGACGGUCCCUACGUUUUCUAUCCGGACGUUUUUGUUUCCCCAGCCGUUCCCUGAUGUUUGACUUGGUCUCGCCGUGCCCAUGCAGCCCCAACACAUAAUGUCAUUGGACAGUCAGGCUCAGAGCGGCCGCAGUGGAGGAAAUUAAGGGACAGCGACAUUUUAACAGACUGUGAGCAAGUGAAUGGGGUGAAAAAUGCACACAAAGGCAAUCACUGCCCGUCUCCUGUGAAUUUCUUUUCUUUCUUUUUUCUUAUUUUAUUUCCUUUUGUUCCCAGUGUCACCUGGGGGGAAGCAGCCUCAAAGAGGGUUUGUUUCAAAACUAAACAGCAUGUGGCUAACUCUAGAAAAUAUAGUUAGGAAAUUUCCAUCAUUGUCUGAUCAAGAGUUGACAUUAUAUUUCAGACGAACAUAGGCGGGAACUGUCUGAACCGUUCGUGAAGGUUAGCUGGUUAUUGGUUGCAGCACGAGUCAGAGGGACAUGACAUGUAGAGUUUUUGUACAAUGCGUGAUGUUAAACUUGAUGGUUUUGACCCUUCACUCCUCCUGCAGGUAUGUGAUGGAAUUGCAGAAAAUACCAACAAUAAAAUUCCAUUUGAUUAA